UACAGAUAAAAAAAAAAGAGAUAUUUUCAUUUUUUCAGUUUUCAAGGAAUGCACAGGAAGCUUCCAGAUUUACUCUCUGAUCUUCAUGGAAGCCUAGCUUUUUUCUCCUUGUUCAUCGUUUUUCAGCUCAAGUUCGAUAGUUAACAUGGUAUCAAAGCACAGAUCCUACAACAUCUAGUGCCAAUCUCGCAUGCGAUAAUACCCUCGGUGUGUUUUGGAGUUUUUCGAGUCUUUGUUUCAGCUCAGCUCGGUGAUUCAGUUCAGCUUAGUGCAAGCAAAGCUCCAAUCAGUUAAUGUUGUCGGUUUGUGGCUCUUCUUCUGAUUGGGGGGCAUGCCCCGAUAGUCGUCGCUCUGUGUCUGGUUUUGCUGUUUUCUUGGGUGAUACUCUUAUUGAUUGGAAGUCCAAGAAGCAACAGGUUGUCUCUUUGUCUUCAGCUGAGGCUGAAUAUCGUGCUAUGGGCAAGGCAGCGACUGAGUUAACUUGGCUAGUCCGUUUGUUGUCUGAUUUUGGUGUCACUAUUGACAUGCCUAUUCCCCUCUAUUGUGAUAAUCAAGCUGCUUUGCAUAUUGCCCGCAAUCCGGUGUUCCAUGAGCGUACUAAACUAUAUUGAAUUGGACUGUCACUUUGUACGCUCCAAGCUUGAGGAAGGUCUUGUCAGUCUCUUUCAUACUUCCAGCUCUUCUCAGCUGGCUGAUCUUUUCACCAAAAUUCUCCCUGGUGCUGCUCAUCUUCAUCUGCGCAAGUUGGGAGUGUUGGCACCCACCAACUUGAAGGGGGGUGUUGGAUAACAUGAUCUAUUUCCACCUGUAUUCUAUUUAUUUGAUUAGUUAGUCUAUAUCUUUGUAUUGGGCUUGACCCGCUAAGACAAGUAGUCCAUUGCAUGAUUUUUCUAUUUUUCGGAUCCUAUAUAAACACAAGGCCCAACACACUUGUACAGAGAAGAAAAACAGAGAUAUUUUCAUUUUUUUCAGUUUUCAAGAAAUGCACAGGAAGCUUCCAGAUUUA